GAGAAACUCUAAAAAUGUUGAGAUGGGAGAGAGCAGUGGUGCUUAUAUUGUCCGCAUACCAUUUGGUCCAAGAGAUAAAUAUAUUCCUAAAGAGCUCCUAUGGCCACACAUUCAAGAAUUUGUUGAUGGCGCACUCAACCACAUCAUGCAAAUGUCAAAAGUUUUAGGAGAGCAAAUUGCUGGAGGCCAAGCAGUAUGGCCUGUUGCUAUACAUGGACAUUAUGCUGAUGCUGGUGACUCUGUUGCUCUACUAUCUAGGGCUCUAAAUGUCCCUAUGCUAUUUACAGGUCAUUCUCUUGGAAGAGAUAAGUUGGAACAACUUCUGAAGCAAGGGCGUCAGUCAAGGGAAGAAAUCAACUCAACAUACAAAAUUAUGCGAAGGAUUGAGGCUGAAGAACUAGCUCUUGAUGCCUCUGAAAUUAUCAUCACAAGCACUAGACAGGAGAUUGAAGAGCAAUGGCGCUUAUAUGAUGGGUUUGAUGUGAUACUUGAGCGGAAAUUGCGAGCUAGGAUUAAGCGUGGUGUGAGUUGUUAUGGUCGCUUUAUGCCUCACAUGGUUGUAAGUAUCUUCCUUUUUACUUUAUUUAUUCCAAGGUGA